CCCGGCCCCGGCCCCCAGCGGGCGUCGCCGCUCCUUGUUGCUUUGACGCCUAGCCCAGCGCCGCCGUACAGAAUUGCCGGCUUCCCGCAAGUUAAGAGCGCACUCUGCGCCCGGGGAAACUUUCCCCCGCGGCCCGGCCUCUGCCAGGUGGAGCACCAUGGAGGGCGACUGUCUGAGCUGCAUGAAGUAUCUGAUGUUUGUUUUCAAUUUCUUCGUAUUUCUGGGAGGAGCCUGCCUGCUGGGGGUUGGCAUCUGGGUCCUCGUGGAUCCCACUGGCUUCCGGGAGAUUGUGGCUACCAACCCCCUGCUGACCACUGGCGCCUACAUCGUCCUGGCCAUGGGCGGCCUGCUGUUUCUUCUGGGCUUCCUGGGCUGCUGCGGGGCUGUCCGAGAGAACAGGUGUCUGCUGCUAUUUUUUUUCCUGUUUAUCCUGAUCAUCUUCCUGGUAGAGCUCUCAGCAGCCAUCCUAGCCUUCAUCUUCAGGGAGCACCUCACCCGAGAGUUCUUCACCAAGGAGCUCACCAAGCACUACCAAGGCAAUAAUGACACGGACAUGUUCUCUGCCACCUGGAAUUCGGUCAUGAUCACAUUUGGCUGCUGUGGGGUCAAUGGACCCGAAGACUUCAAGAUGGCCUCGGUGUUUCGGCUGCUGACACUGGACAGUGAGGAGGUGCCCAGGGCCUGCUGCCGGAGGGAACCCCAGACUCGGGAUGGCAUGCUGUUGAGCAGGGAGGAGUGCCAGCUGGGGAGGAGUCCAUUCAUAAACAAACAGGGCUGUUACACAGUGAUCCUCAACACCUUCGAAACCUAUGUCUACCUGGCUGGGGCCUUUGCCAUUGGGGUGCUGGCUAUAGAGCUUUUCCUCAUGAUCUUUGCCAUGUGCCUCUUCCGGGGCAUCCAGUAGUCCAUGGUCUAAAGAUACCCAGCCCACCACUGCCCAGUAGCCAGCCCCUCUCUUCCUUAUGCUAUGCCCCCAGGAGAGGAGGCAAGGCCAGCUUGGAUGUCCAGGAGCAUACAACUAAUUUUUUUAAACAAAACAAAACAAAGACUGAUGUGAACUGAAGAUGCCUCACUUGGCUCCAAGGCAAGAACCAUGGGUUCAGCAAGGAUUUAUGGCUGGCCUCGGACCAGCUGUUCCUGAGACCAAAGGAUUAUCAGCCUCAGAGCCCCUGGGCCCUGUCAGACUGGACUGUCCCUUGGCCUUCAUUCCUUCUCUUAGCAUUUCCAGGAUCUGAGCAACCAGAAGACAGAAACACACCCUUGUGGAUGAGCCAGAGCUCAGAGGCUCCACAGAGAUGCACUUUUCACACCACUAGGAUUGACUCUGCAGCGCCAUCUGCUGGACGGUGAAGCUGUUCCUGCACCUGGCGGGCUGAGAGUGGCUGCAUGUGGAUCUGAACAUGGCAGUCUAUGAUUUCCUCAUCUCUUGGAUCAAAGCCUCUCCAAGGCCCAGAAGAGGGCAAUGACUUGUCCACAUUCACAUAGUAUGCGCAUGACUAGGUCAUCUCUGGGCCGCUAUCACUCCAGCCAGGACUGCUCAAGUAUCCCAAUGUAAACUGGCCAGGAAUUGACUGCACCAAGUUCUACAGCUGAGAAAAAUCCAGACUGUAUCCACUCUGCCCUGCUUGUAACUCUAACCUAAGCCUACUGUCACCUAUCACCUGUCCCCGUGGGCCAUACCCCUCCCAAUGGGAGGCACCCCCAAUAUUGUUCAUUUCUCUCUUUCUACCCAGAGCUGAGGCUGGAAUGUGGUCUUCAAGGCCCCUGCCAUGAAUUCCCCUUGCAUACCUCCACAAGUGGAGCUCACUACCUCCCAAUGCAGCCUCCUGCCUUCUGAAGCUCUGGCAUCACCACACCUCAACAGACAGAAAGGUUUUCCAUUCUCCUGCGCCUCUCUCCACGUGGCUCCUUCACUCUCCCCUUCCUAGAGAUUAAGGACAUAACUUUUGUCUGCAGACUUAAAGAACCCCACAGCCUCUCAGCCAUUCCACAAUGACAUGCUUUCUGAAUUUAUGCUGUCCAUGUGACAUUUUUUUUAUUCUCUCUAGGCUCAGACUCACAAGUUCACAACCAAAACACA